CGGUCAGAUCCUCCGCUUCCAGCCCCACGCCCAGCGUCAAGGCUCCCCUACUGGGACGGUGCACUCUCGACUCCAAAAUCAGUCGCUGCCUCCCGGGGACUUCUCGUCCCUCCAGCCGCGUGGCCGUGCCACCUCCGAGAACCAGUUGGGCCUCCUCCCGGGGUUAGUUCAGAUGGGUGGAGCAGCUCCUCGUGCUUGUGCCUUGACCAAGUGUCCCGGCUGGGACGCUGUUCUCCCCGCUCCAAUACCAGUCGCUGCCUCCCGGGGACUUCUCCUACCGGCUGCGUCCCACGCCGCCCGCGUGACCCGGCUGGUCCCCUUCCCGGGGUUAGUUCAGGGGGGUGGAGCAACUCUCCGUGUUUAUGCCGUACCUGCGUCCAGUCCAAAUCCCGGCGGGACGGUUUCCCAGCUCGGACGCUGCUCUUUCUGCUCCAAGACCAGUCACUGCCUCCCGGGGACUUCUCCUACCGGUUGCAUCCCACGCCGCCUGCGGAACUGGCUCGUCCCCCUCCCAGGGUUGCCGAGGAGCUCAAGUAGAAGAAAUAUGGAGUUUGGAGCCUGAGAAUUUUGAAAAAUUAAAGCCAGUUCAUGGGUUAAUUUUUCUUUUCAAGUGGCAGCCAGGAGAAGAACCAGCAGGCUCUGUGGUUCAGGACUCCAGACUUGACACGAUAUUUUUUGCCAAGCAGGUAAUUAAUAAUGCUUGUGCUACUCAAGCCAUAGUAAGUGUGUUAUUAAACUGCACCCAUCAAGAUGUCCACUUAGGAGAGACAUUAUCAGAGUUUAAAGAAUUUUCACAAAGUUUUGAUGCAGCUAUGAAAGGUUUGGCACUGAGCAAUUCAGAUGUGAUUCGACAAGUUCACAACAGUUUUGCCAGACAGCAAAUGUUUGAAUUUGAUGCAAAGACGUCAGCAAAAGAAGAAGAUGCUUUUCAUUUUGUCAGUUACGUUCCUGUUAAUGGAAGACUGUAUGAAUUAGAUGGAUUAAGAGAAGGACCAAUUGAUUUAGGGGCAUGCAAUCAAGAUGACUGGAUCAGCGCCGUGAGGCCAGUUAUAGAAAAAAGGAUACAAAAGUACAGUGAAGGUGAAAUUCGAUUUAACUUAAUGGCCAUUGUGUCUGACAGAAAAAUGAUAUAUGAACAGAAGAUAGCAGAAUUACAGAGACAGCUUGCCGAGGAGGAACCCAUGGAUACUGAUCAGGGUAAUAAUAUGUUAAGUGCUAUUCAGUCAGAGGUUGCCAAAAAUCAGAUGCUUAUUGAAGAAGAAGUACAAAAAUUAAAAAGAUAUAAGAAUAAUGAGUUGAUUCUCUGGCACUCUACAAAGAUUGAAAAUAUCAGAAGGAAGCAUAAUUAUCUGCCUUUCAUAAUGGAAUUGUUAAAGACUUUAGCCGAACACCAGCAGUUAAUACCACUAGUAGAAAAGUUUUCCAGAAUACUUAGUGUUAAAAACUCAGGUUAUCUUGUGGCACAGCUGUUUGAACACACCAACUGCCCUGCAGGAGAAAGAAGAGGUGGUCUGCUUCUGUAAAGAUGUACAGCUUUGGAAACCCUAUGGGGCAGUGCUACUCUGUCCUGUAGGGUCUCUGUGAGUUGGAAUCGACUCUACGGCAAUGGAUUUGGUUUUUUCGUUUUGGUUGUAUUAAAAUAAAGUUUAAAAUACUCUCCUUUCUUUAAGCAGAAAACAGAUUUAAUGUUAAUAAUUGAAAUAACAGAUAUUUUCCUUUUUUAAUUCAGCAAAAAUAUGAAUUAAAAAUCAUAAAAUGUAGAAUUAGAACGGACAUUAAGGGGGAAAAAAGAAAAACACAAAAAACAGGCUGCGUUAAGAAAUAGAUUUUCUUGUUCCUGGUCUAGGAUCCCUUCCACUGAGGGAAAAAUCUAACUUCUAAGAUCUUUUUUUCUUCAACAGAUGGAACUUAAUAAAAGAUUUGUUGAAUAAAUGAAAUGCAGUUAAAUUGUUUUUAAGUUUACACUAUAAAUCAAUGUUUCUGAAAGUGACCAUCCCUGGAUACUCUUUAAAAUGCAUGCUGCCUGGCCCCAUCCCAGAGAUUCUGAUAUAGGGGGGAAGAAUCUUUAAUAAAUCCCCCCAAGUGAUUCUAAUGCAACUGGUUUGUGUACUGUAUUUUGAGAAGCACUUUGAGCAGACACUGCAUCACUUUGAUAAAAGACCGUAAUACAUGGUAGGUAUAUUUUUCUUACUAAUUUUAAAGUUUACAAAGCAAAGAUACAUUUCAACCCAGCUGUUUGAUAUUAUCUUAAAUUCAAAAAAACUGAUGUGAGUUAAUGCGAUUUUUGUACGUAUCUUACUACCUAGUUCCUAAAAUAGGUGUGACCUGACUUUUAGCAUUAAAGGCAAAAACUAUUGCAUAAGACUACUCAAUGUUUUCUUUGCCACAUAGGUUUUUCUAUUCGUGUAUCUCAGGAUAUUAAAUUUUCAGGAAGUCCAAGAUGAGAAACCAAUAUUUAAAGUUUAGAUGAGUAAUUACUCUCCUGUGGUUCUUGAAAUGCUUGGUUAGCAGAGUACCUAGACAUGGUGUUCUUUGUAUGAAACACUGUGAAACAUUUCUCUAUUGAAAAUAUUAAACAAAAAAUAACAAUAUAGAGUGUUGCACUAGAUCAUAUGACAUGUUGUACCAGCUUUUAGGUAUAAAUAAAUGUUAUUAGCGAGCAGACAGAUGUUCUUAGGGGAAUUUUAAUGUAUAAAUUUUGCUUUAAAAUUGGUCUGUGAAUAUUAUUUUUUUGUGCCAGUUAGGAAAAGAAAUAACUCAUUUGAUUUUAAUGACAGAACAUCCCGAGAUUUUUGUGAGAACAUAGCAACAGCUUUUCAGUUUUGUAUUAGAAUCAUAUUUGCUUAGUUCACAUUAUUUGGACACAAGGUGGCAGUAUGUGAAUACCUGGUUGUAGUGGAACACGAACUCAGCGUGCUCUUGUUUGCAUUUGUUUUAUUGAGAGGGGUAGUUAGUGAACUUCUAGCCCUGGUGGCGUAGUGGCUGAGAGUUCGGCUGCUAACCAAAAGGCUGGCAGUUUGAAUCCACCAGCCACCCCUUAGAAACCCUGUGGGCAGUUCUACUCUGUCCUGCAGGGCUGCUGUGAGUCAGUCAGCUUGACAGCUACAGGUUUUAGCUUUUGUCUAUUUCUCUAUAUUAUUCAUUAAUUAAUAAUAUUACAUAAACAGUAUUGAGAUACAUUUAUUUUGUGCGUAUAUGCAAUAUCUCUUAUCCUGGGAGGAGGAAGUGAGGGAGGGGCUUUGGUGCAUACAGAACAGGUAAUUUCUCCUCCAUGUCAGUAACUAGUUGCCAUUGAGUAGAUGCUGACUCAUGUUGACCCCAUGUGUGUCAGAGUAGAACUGUGCUCCACAGGGUUUUUAGUGAUUAAUUUUUCAGAAGUAGAUUGCCAGGCUUUUCUCCUGAGGUGCCUCUGGGCAGACUUGAACCUCCAGCCUUUUGGUUAGCAGCCCAGUGUGUUAACUGUUUAUACUACACAGGUACAUGAAUAGCUUUGAGUUGUUUUUAGUUGCUCUUGAGUUGAUUCUGACUCAUGGCAACCCCAUGUGAACAAAGUGGAACUGCUGCAUAGGGUUUUCAAGGCUAUGACCUUUUUAUUUUAUAAGUAGACUGCCUGGCCUUACUUUCGAGGAGCUCUGGGUGGGUUUGAACCAUAAAUCUUUAGUAGUAGUCCAGCACUUAACCAUUUGUAACACCGAGGGACUAAAUAGCCUUGUUAGGUGCCACUGAGUUGGUUCUGAAUGUAGCGACCCUGUGUACAACAGAAUGAAACACUGCCUGAUCCUGCGUUAUCCUCACAAUAGUUGUGAUGGUUGAGCCCUUUCGCCACUUAAAAUUUCAUAUCCACAGCAUUUUAAAUCUGUGGUUGGAAUUAAAUGUUUAAUUACAAAUCAGCACAAGUAUAUUUUUAUUCAUAUUAUUUUUAAAAAAGUACCAUUGUGUCAUAUAUAUCAUUUUCAGCUCUUAAAUGCGAUGUUAAAAUGUAAAGCAGAUUGAAAAAUUGCUAGAAUAUAUAUAAAUAUUUAAGAUUGGAUUUUAUAGUUAUAUAUAAGAUGAAUUUAAUAAUAGUUAUUUAAUAGUAAUACUUCUAAGAAAAAUUCAGAAAUGGAUUAUUAGAAUCCUUUCUAAUUUUAAGGGAUAGUAGGAUAAGGAAACAAUGUGUGGAAAGAGUUUCUUGUUGUUAGGUGUUGUGGAGUUGAUUCCGACUCAUAGUGACCCUAUGAACAACAGAACAGAACAGAACACUGCCUGGUCCUGCGCCAUCCUCACAGUUGUUGUUACGCUUGAGCCCAUUGUUGGAGCUACUGUGUCAAUCCAUCUCAUUGAAGGUCUUCCUCUUUUUCCCUGACCCUCUACAUUACCAAGCAUGAUGUCCUUCUCCAGGGAGUAGUCCCUUCUUGAUAACGUCCAAAGUAUGUGAGAUAAAGUCUCACUGUCCUCGCUUCUGAGGAACAUUAUGGCUGUACCUUUUCCAAGACAGGUUUGUUUCUUCUUCUGGGAGUCCAUGCUAUUUUCAGUAUUCUUCACCAAUACCGUAAUUCAAAUGCAUCGAUCCUUCUUCGAUCUUUGUUCAUUGUCCAUUUUUUGCAAGCAUAUAAGGCAACUGAAAAUACCGUGGCUUGGCUCAGGUGCACCUUAGUCCUCAAAGUGACAUUUUUGCUUUUGUAACACUUUAAAGAAGUCUUUUGCAGCAGAUUUACCCAAUGCAAUACCUUGUUUGAUUUCUUGACCACUGCUUCCAUGGGUGUUGAUCGUGAUUCUAAGUAAAGUGAAAUCCUUGACAACUUCAUUAUUUCCUCUGUUUAUCAUGAUUUUGCUUAUUGGUCCAGUAGUGAAGAUUUUUUUUUUUUUUUUAUGUUGAGGUGUAAUCCAUACUAGGAAACCCUGGUGGUGUAGUGGUUAAGAGUUUGGCUGCUAACCAAAAGAUCAGCAGUUCGAAUCCACCAGGCGCUCAUUGGAAAUCCUGUGGGGCAGUUCUACUAUGUCCUAUGAAUCAGUUUGACAGCAAUGGUUUGGUUUUUGAUUUGGUUUAAUCCGUACUGAAGGCCAUAGCCUUUGAUCUUCAUCAGUGAGUGCUUCAAGUCCUUUUCACCUUCAGCAAAUAAGGUUGUGUCGUCUGCAUAUCACAGGUUGUUAAUGAGUCUUCUUCCAAUCCUGAUUCUGUAUUCUUCUUCAUGUAGUCCAGCUUCUCAGGUUAUUUGCUUAGCAUACAGAUUGAGUAAGUAUGGUGAAAAGAUACAACCCUAAUGUAUAACUGUUCUGAUUUUUAAACUGUGCAGUAUUCCCUUGUUCUGUUUGAAUGACUGCCUCUUAGUCUAUAUACAAGUUCUAUGUCAAGGAUUUCAUUUUACUUCAUCCACAAUCAACACCUGUGGAAGCAGCGGUCAAGAAAUCAAAUGACACAUUGCAUUGGGCAAAUCUGCUGCAAAAGACCUCUUUAAAGUGUUAAAAAAGCAAAGAUGUCAGUUUAAGGACUAAGGUGCUCCUGAACCAAGCCAUGGUAUUUUCAGAUGCCUCAUACGCAUGUGAAAGCUGGACAGUGAAUAAGGAAGACAAGAAGAAUUGAAGCCUUUGAAUUGUGGUGUUGGUGAAGAGUAUUGCAUAUACCAUGGACUUCCAUAAGAGCAAACAAAUCUGUUCGGAAGAAGUACAGCCAGAAGGCCCCUUACAAGUAAGAGUAUCAAGACUUGGGACAUGUUUUCAGGAGGGACCAGUACCUGGAGAAGGACACCAUGCUUGGUAAAGUAGAGGGUCAGUGAAGAAGAGGAAGGCCGUCCACAAGAUGGAUUGACACAGUGGCUGUAACAACGGGCUCCAGCAUAACAACAGUUGUGAGGAUGGUGCAGGACUGGGCAGUGUUUUCUUCUGUUGUACAUAGGGUUGCUAUGAUUCGGAACCAACUGGAUGGCACCUAGCAACAACAACGUGGGUACUCUCUGCCUUGUAUGUCAUUUAAUUAUAUUGUGUUGUCAAGCUUACAUCAUACUCCAGUAAUUAUAUUCUUGUUUAAUUUUACUAAACAUUCUGUUACGUGUAUCUUGAGAUCAGUAAGGAAAGAAGUACAUACUUUCAAUUAUGUCUGAAAUCAAAUUGUAUUUUUAUUAUUUAAAAACAGAAAAGUUCUUUGUUUAGCAUUAAUCUGUGCGGAACUAUAGACAUCAAAUUACAAAUUAUGUUUGCAGGCAGUUAAUUUUAUUAUUUUGUUAUAUGACACAUAAAACAUUUGUGCUUAGUAUAUUAACUCUACGGCACACACUCAGCCUUGUCUUACUAUCGUAUGGUAAUUGUAUUACCUGAUACGUUAUAAAAAAUAUUGUAAUUUUUCUAUUUAUUCUGUAUCUUAUUGAAAGAAAAAAAAACUUUUAUUGUAUAAUAUCAGGAGUCUAACUUACUGGUUUCUCUCCAAGUAGCAUAAUGGAAAGAACAUUGUAUUCUAGUACUCUAAAAUCUUGCUUCUCAAAGUAUGGUCCAAGGACAAGCAGAAUUGUCAUCACCUGGGAGUUUGAUAGAAAUUCAGAAUAGUAGGCAUUUUACUGAAUCAGCCUGCAUUUGAACAGGAGUCCCAGAUUAUUGUUACGUACAUUGAAAAGCACUGCUGUAGAACAUGUAUUUUUUGACCUCUGAUUGAAGUUUUACUGUUUACUAGGUGUGUGACUUCGAUUGAGCUCGAUAACAUCUGUGAGGUUUGGCUUCUUCAUCUGGAAAAGAAUAAAAAAAUAAUUGCUGCAUUAAAUCUUAUACAGUUUUUUAUGAGGAUCAAAUGAAAUAAUAUGUAAAAACAUUUUUUCACUACAAGUAAGGUCAGCACAGUAAUUAAAACAUCGUGUGCCACCAGGUCUCCUAAAAUAUCCUGGACUGGUAUAAUAACAGGCAUAUACUGUAUUUUCAUGCAAAUAACUGUGUCAAAAUUAACAUAGCUCACUUACAAAAAUACCUCACUGGGGGAGGGUGCUGUUGGCAAACAGACACAGAAGGCGUGUGUUAUUUGUAUAAAAAUACAGCAGACCAAUGGAGUAGAACGGAGAGUCCAGAAAUAAAUCCACACAUCUAUGGUCAACUGAUUUUUGACAGUGGUGCUAAAUCCAU